AUGUCAAAGAUGAAUCAAUUUCAAUUUAGUUAUUUUACAUUAACUUUAUCACAUUAUUUUUAUUGGCCAUUCAUACAAGCUUUAUUAUUAGUUUUUCGACGAUUCUUCUAUUUUUUGCAGCUGAACAUUCUUUUAAUAAGUGAAAAAGUUCAAGAAAAUGGCAUUAAAUUACUGGGUUCAGCUGCUUAUGUACUUAAAUCUUUAUGGUAG